GCCACUUCACUAGAAGCAGAAGCACAUUGCAGUUGGCCAGUGAGGGAAGAAUACUUUUUUGAUUUUCUCUUUGGAAGGGAUCUAGAGGAUUAAAUAGAGAAGCAUACACACGUUACUAUUGGAUAUUUGAUUGUCUGACUGUCACAAUGUCCAGAGUUACCAACCUGUCGAAGCUGCGGCAAGAGAGGGUGAAGGAGAUCAACCUGCGGAAUAAAGAGAGAGAACGCAUGAGGGAGCGAGAGAAAGCAGCGAGGGAGAGGGAGGCUCGCUACAGCAACGGUCACCUGUUCACCUCUCUGACCGUGUCAGGGAAUACGCUGUGCUCAGCAUGCAACAAGAGCAUCACUGCCAAGGAGGCGCUCAGCUGCCCCACAUGCAACGUCACUAUCCACAAUCGCUGUCGAGACGCUUUGCCAAACUGCGCCAAAAUGAAACAGAGGCAACAGAAGACGGCCCUAAUGCGGAACAGCUCAGCCUUGCAGACUGUCACGCUGCGCACAAAAACUCCAGGAAUGCGCGAGCGUCCCACCUCAGCCAUCUACCCCUCAGAGAGCUUCAGGCAGACCCUGCUGGGGUCCCGACGGGGUCGCUCCGGCCUGUCCCUGUCCAAGAGUGUGUCCACCAACAAUAUCGCAGGGACCCUGAGUGAGGACUCCACCCUGGGGCUGCGCAGGAUCCUGUCCCAGUCCACAGACUCCCUCAGCUUCAGGAACAGAGCUAUGUCAAUAGAGUCCCUGAACGAUGACGGAGACAACUACUAUAGUUCAGUAUUAGAAGAGCUGGAGCUUGAGGGACAGGACUUCAAGGCUGACUCCUGGAGCAUGGCCGUGGACAGCAGCUACCUGCAAACACACCGCAAGAACAUCAUCAAGAGGCAGGAUGUCAUCUAUGAGCUGAUUCAGACAGAGCUGCACCACAUGAGAACGCUGCACAUCAUGGAAAGGGUUUUCCGGCAGGGCAUGCUGGAUGAGCUCCAGAUGGACCUGUGCACCGUUCAUGCCAUGUUCCCCUGCCUGGACCAGCUGAUCAGGAUACACUCCCACUUCCUGGCUCAGCUUCUCCUGCGGCACAACUGCAGCCUGCAGCCUGGAUCAUACCGCAACUACACCAUCCACCAGCUGGGAGACAUUCUUCUAGAGCAGUUCUCAGGUCAGUGUGCAGACGACAUGAGGAAGACCUACGCUGAGUUCUGCAGCCGCCACAUGAAGGCUGCCAAACUGUACAAGGAACUGCUGGCCAGAGACAAGAAGUUCCAGUGCUUCAUACGGCGGGUGAGUCGUGGGUCCUUGCUGCGUCGCCAUGGUGUUCAGGAGUGCAUCUUGUUGGUGAUUCAGCGGAUCUCCAAAUAUCCUGUCCUUGUUCAGCGUAUUCUGGAAAAUACUGCAGUGAACGAUGAUGAAGAGGAAGCCUCUUCUAUAGCCCAGGCUAGCUUCAUGGUCAGAGAACUUCUAAGUUCAAUAGACCAACAGAUGGAGGACCUGGAAAAAACACAGCGUCUGCAAGAGAUCCAGGCCAAGCUAGACCCGCGUUCUGAAACCAGAGUGAGGGAUGGGGGACUGUUCAAGCCUUCAGAGCUGUUCCGCAGGAGACUGGUCCAUGAAGGAACCCUGUUCUGGAAAACCCCAGGAUCCCGGCUCAAAGAUACAACGGUCUUAUUGAUGACAGACGUCCUGGUGUUUCUGCAGGAGAAAGACCAAAGAUACUUCUUCCCAUGUCUGGACAAGUCCUCAGUGCUGUCCCUUCAGAACCUGAUAGUGAGGGAUAUAGCCAAUCAGGAGCGAGGCAUGUUUCUCAUCAGCGACUCCUCUCCUCCUGAGAUGUACGAGUUCCACGCUGCCUCCAAAGAAGAUAAGAACGUCUGGAUCCGCCACAUCCAGCGCACCGUCAGCAAGUGCCCAUCGAGAGAGGACUUCCCCCUCAUAGAGACGGAACAGAAGGCCCACCUGAGGAGACUCAAAGCUGACAUCCAGCAGAAGGACCGGGAGAUGCUGGAGCUCCUGCAGGAGAGGGUGACUCUGUUCUGUGAGCUAGCCGAGGUCACCAGCGGUCAUGAGGGGCUGCAGACCCACAACACCCGCAUCCUGUUCAGGGCGGACACCCCCCAAGCCCCCCGGGCAGAGAAGCACCUGCAGGACGCCACAACGGAGGUUGACAGGUUAAGUGAGCUCCUCCUUGGUUCCAGUGUUGACAUCCCUCUACCCGGCCAUCACAGCCACAUGGAGGGGGGGGACACCAGUGCUCAGGAUCUGUUGGUCAAUGGAGACCAUGAUGGCUUCACAGCAAAGAAGAUCUACCAGAGGCUGGUGAAUCUGAGUGUUUAUCUCCAUGCAGUCCAGGGGGCGGUCAUCAAACAGGACUCCAUCUUGGAGCAGCUGCUGCAGCCCCAGGAAUCCCCCCCCCCAGCAGCAGGUGGGGGGUGGCGCCCCCUCUGGAGGGACGGGGUGACCCGGGAGGCCGGCGCAGGCUCCAGCGUGGGGGAGCUGACCCUCCUGCAGAGGCAGCACAGCCUGCUGCAGGAGGAGCUGCUGAGGCUGCGGGACGCCGAGGGCCGCUUCAAGGAGAGCGAGAAGGCCCGGGCCCGGCUAGAGAGGCAGGUCCGGAACAUGAAGGAUUCUCAACCUGUAUCUCUGCAGCCACACAGGGAGCCCCACCCCGGAGCCGAGACCCUCUGGAUCAGUCGGGACCCUGCCAGCCAAUCAGAGGGCCUGCAGGACGGCAGUGAUGUUGAGGUGGACAUGACGUCUGACGAUGACGAUGAGACGGUAUCUGAGAGCUCCAAAGACCUUCAGGACAUUCCAGAGGAGAUCUGAUCCUCCAGAGGAGAUCUGGUCCUCCAGAGGAGAUCUGAUCCUCCAGAGGAGAUCUGGUCCUCCAGAGGAGAUCUGGUCCUCCACAGAGCUAAUGAGCCUUUAUAGCUAUAUUUCAUUAUGAUAUUAACUGAUUCCAACAAUGUGCAUGUCUAGAUUUUCUGCACUGUUUAUUUAGCUGCUUUGCUUUAAGUAGAUGGCUUGUGACAUUGAGCUGUUUGUUUCAGUAUGAUUUGGACUGUUGGUGAUUUAAGUUCCUCACUUGAACAAAGGAAACAUGAACAUGAAGAUGAGCAAAAUCUUACGAUUCCACAAAAUCUAUUAGUACCGAUGGUCAGGGUUUCCAUUAUUUUCAUCGUUUAAGCAUUGAAUCUGCAAAUAUUGUUAUGUUGAGCAGAAAAUAGAAUAUUGUAUUUGGGCAUCAGGUGGAGACAUACACCCCUUCUCAGGUGGAGACAGGCACCCCUUCUCAGGUGGAGACAGGCACCCCUUCUCAGGUGGAGACAGGCACCCCUUCUCAGGUGGAGACAUACACCCCUUCUCAGGUGGAGACAGGCACCCCUACUCAGGUGGAGACAGGCACCCCUUCAAAUGAUCAGUAGUGUUUCUCUGGGAAGGGUUCAUGAACUAUAAUGUGGAACAACAUGGAUGUGCUGUAGAAGAUGUGUUAGAAUAGAAUUUGAAUAUUGUUUCCAAUAUUUGCUUGACACCAAAGAGCAAAAAGCUCCCAUAGACCAUAGUUCAGGGACAUCUCUCUAACAUGGAACUUAGCCUUCCUAUUGGUACAUUUUGUAUUGAUGUAGAAGUAUCCAUGAUGCACUGAAGACAAGUUUUACGGAGUGGCCUACUUCUAUCUACUAUAACUGUGUCACAGAGAAACUGGCAACAGAUUUAGCAAAAUUUUACAACGCGAAAGGUUUGAUACAUUUAUCAAAUCAAAUGAACCGAUACUUUCAAAAGACUCUGUGUGCACAAAUGAAUAUUUACCAAAGACUGAUACUUCCAGCUGUGAUUGGUUUGUCCUUAUCACAUCACACUCACGGUGGCCCACAGGUGCAGACACAAUACAGCGCGCGCUGCACUUUUAGAAAUGAUACAGAUAUAACUACACAAAUGUGCCAAAACACAUGAAGAAACAGCUGCUUCAUAACUGUAUCUUUAGUAUGUUUAAUAUGACUAGGUUCACUAGGUUAGCUUGCUUAUAGCAGAUCAGCAAUAAUAUCUAAAUGUUUUCUAAAUGCUGCAUGUGUUUUAGAGUUGGUGAAGAUGUUUCUUCAUCUGCAUGUGUUUUGGCACAUUUGUGUUUUUGCAUCAUUUCUGAAGCCUAGGGAAGUGUUUUGUAUUCUUGCUACACUGACAACAGUUUUUUAGGGCGCCAAACAUUCACAAUGUGUACAGCCCCCAAAUUCACAUUAAAAUAUAACAACACAGGGAUUGCUUUGAAGUGUUUCAAGUGACUGACUAAAGGACACUGGCAGGCUAAGUUACAAAAUGUAAUUCCUGAUUUGAACCCAAGUUAUAAAUCAGUAAAGAUUCAUAGGUAUUUUUAUAGUUGAGGUAUAUACUGUAAGAAGACAUCAUUGCCUGAUACCAGACACAGCGGCAUCUCAUGUGAAAGUCCCACUUUUUUCGGUGCCAUCAGCUCAACCGACUUCCACCCAGCAGCAGCCAGCAGUGCCCCGGACUGAAAGAGUGUGUGUCAGAGCUCAUUGAUGAGGACAUCCUGUGGCUCUCACAAGAAACUCUCCUCUGUUGAUUUAGGUCCAGUAAACAUUCAGCAACACAAGUAUAUUAUGUUUAUAUAAUGUGUUAUAAAGAAGACUACUAGGGCGUUCCAGUAGCAGAAACACAUCACAAGGCCUCUGGAGGAACGGAGGGUUCUCUGAAGCAACAGACUCAUCAGUUUCAGUUUGGAGUGAUAGUUCUUCAUGUUUUAAGCUACAGUCUCUCUUUUGUAACAACUGCAAUAGAAAAAAGCUGUGAGCUUCAUGCUGUUUGCAUCCUUCAACAUUUUGAUAUGUCUGGCUGAUGUUUUGGUUUGACCAAGAACGACUGACACUUGUCUGGCGGAUGAAUGUGAUGGCGUAUUCAGGAUAUUGCUUUUUAUUGUUCUUAAAUGUAAAUAGAGCUUGAUUUUUUUGGCUGUUUUUUGGCUGCAAAAUGAUUGUGAACUUUGAAUACGUAUUCUCAUAUUACAAUGCUGUACGUCUACGUUCUGCUGAAUCUCAGUGACAUCUCUCAGCCAAAGGGACAGGGUUGAUUUUCUGAUAGCAAAUAUUGUUAAAAACCAACCUAUUAAUAGUAUUAUACUGUAUAUUAAGCAGAAGCUUUACUCGUCAGUAAACAGUGUAAGGCCUCACAUUAUAAAAGGGCUGUCCUUACUUUUGCACUCCUGUCUGUCAUUCAUGUGAAUUGUAUAACUAUAUGAAAAAUAAAAAAGUCGUAUUAUCAAAAAAAA